GCUAUUUUUACCUUUCGCUAUGAUUUCCUUAUCUUAAAAUUAUUCAGAUAUUUUUUUUGCGUCGUGAAUGAGCAAUUUUCACGUGAAAAAAAACACUUCUUUCAACUCCGUCUCUGGUAUCAGGUAAAAUUUCCUCACCUUGGCACGAUUCCAAUUCUAUUGUAUUCUUCUCACAUAUUCCGCACGAUUUUCCGUCUGACUCUAUCAGUUGAUCACCGUCGCUUGGUUGUUCAACGUGCAAAAUUUGGAUUUAUCAACCGGCAUUAACUUUGAUUGAAUUUGAAAAUUUGGGAGUUAUUUUUCGUGUGUUUUUAGAACAUUCAAACGGGCCGCUUGAUGGUGUUAGUCAUCGUUCAUAAAACAGCCAAGACUCGUCAAGGUCGAAUCUUUCGUCUGCAGGUAUAGGUGCAAAGGUAUUUCAACACAACCCACGCAAUAGACAUCUGGUUAUUUCAGCCGUCUGGCUCUCGGCAGUUGGUCGCUUAUUAUUGUUUCAGUUAGUUAUUGUGGAAAGUGCUGAGAAAUGUCCAAGAAAUUCAUCAACCACCCGGAUGAUUGCGUUGAUGAAGCUUUAGAAGGCUUGGUUAUGACCCACCUUGGUCUUCGUAUUUUGGGAGAGCAACGUGUCAUCGUUCAUGAAUCGGGAAGAGCUGCAAAUGGAAAGGUUGCUGUUGUUGCUGGAGGCGGCGGAGGGCAUGAACCGUUCGCUGCCGGUUUCGUCGGGCAAGGCCUUUUAACAGCAGCCGUCUGUGGCCGGGUUUUCUCUUCGCCGCCGGCUGGAGCUGUUUUAGCUGCGAUCCGGGCCGCACGUUCAAGUGAAAAUGAUGGGGUUUUAUUGAUCGUGAUAAAUUACACCGGAGAUCGAUUGAAUUUUGGUCUGGCGCUUGAGAGAGCGCGGAUGGAAAACGUUCGCGUGAAAAUGGUCAUCUGUGACGACGACUGUGCUCUUUCGAGUUCCUUCAAAGCAUUUGGUCGUCGAGGAUUGGCAGGAUCUUUGUUCCUCAUGAAGGCGGCCGGGGCGUUGUCUGAAAGAGGAGAAAUGCUCGAAUCGAUGGUUCACGUGUUGGAAGAGAUGAAAAAGUCCAUCGGCACUAUCGGGGCGAGUCUGACAUCGUGUAGCGUUCCAGGUGGUGAAACAAUGUUUCGUUUAGAGGACGACGAAGUCGAACUAGGACUUGGUAUUCACGGAGAAGCUGGAGUCAAACGAAUCCAGAUGACGACUGCCUCCAACAUAAUCGAAGAAAUGUUGAAUCGAAUGACUGACAGUGAUUCGUCGUGUUCAUUUCCUCUUCCAUCUGGUUGUUCUGUUGCCCUGAUUGUUAACAAUCUGGGCGGAUUGUCCAUCAUGGAAAUGUUCAUUGCUGCUCGCGAAGCCAUUAAGCAACUUGAAUCCCGUGAGGUUAAAGUUGUUCGCUGCUAUGUCGGUCAUUUGAUGACGUCAUUGGAAAUGAGAGGAAUCCAGUUGUCCGUUUUGCGUGUAGAUGAGGACGAGAGGAGUUGGUGGUUGAGUUUACUGGACGCUCCCACUUCUGCGCCUAUGUGGCCACACCCACUGUAUCACGAUCGAAUUACACCCGAAAAACUCUCAGAUGACGUUGACCACUGGGAUCACAUCAAACAUCGAGGACCCAAGUUAAGCAAAAGAGGCCAGCGAGCUUUAAAGAUCGCCAUUCAUGGUGCCGCAAGCGCAUUGGAAUCUCACGUCGAUCGUCUGAACGAACUGGACUCCGGAUGUGGUGAUGGUGACUGUGGUUCCACUCUUAACCGUUGGGUCGAUGGUAUGCGCCAGAUUGAACUAAAACUGAAAUAUCCCUGCACUGUCCUCCAUCAGCUGAGUUAUUUAAUGGAAAGUAAAGUAGGAGGAACUUCUGGCGCUAUUUACGGCAUUUUUUUCGCAGCAAUGGCCAAAGCUUUUGAAGAUUCGGAUAUAAGUGGAAUAACACCUGAACGAUGGGUUCAUGCCGCUAAAGUUGGUCUUGAAGUUGUAAGGAAGUACGGCAAUGUGGGGUCUGGCGACCGCACACUUGUGGAUGCUCUCCUGCCAGCACUGGAACAUCUACAGUUUCAUUCUAAAAAUUGCAUCAAUGAGAUAUUGGAUGAAUUAUUGGCUGCCUGUGAAGUUGCAGAGGAAGAGGCUGAGAAAACUGCCGGAAUGCGAGCGAGGGUCGGAAGAGCUAGCUACGUCAAUGAAGAUCUCUUAUCGAAACCCGACGCCGGAGCCACUGCUGUCGCUAUUUGGUUCCGUGGUUUUGUUUCUGCUUUAGACUCCGAGCUACAUUCAGAAUUCUGCGCAAGGAAGAAAUGCGGAAAUAGGAGAAAUAGCAUCAGCAGCAGUUCCUCGAGUGACGUUGAAUAAAAUUCAAGGCAUACGUAUACAUUCAGACGCAAUGGGAAUAUUGGAAUUCCCAAGAAUUUUAUCAUCCAACUAUACGCAAUGAAUUAGAUUAUUGUUCUUUGACCACAUUGUAGUAUUUUAUUAUCGGGACAUUUAUUUUAAAAUACUGCGUUGUGUGAUAUUUCAAUGGUGUUUCGGUUAAAAUUUUCCAUAGUGCUUGUCCGGAUACUGCUAUCUUAAAGAUAAAUAAGCUACAAUUAUCUUUCCUUGUUGAAAUGAGUGUGGUUCAAUUAUCGACAUGUUUGUUUCAUGUUUUCGUUUCCUUAUCUUAACACGUCAGCCAAUGUAGAAAAAAUAGUUUUCCAAUUUUGAAAUGUUUUGCUUUGUUGCGCAAUUCUGACAGAGCAUCGCAGUUUAUUCUUAUUUACAUUCUUAUCCAUGAACACAAUCCUUAUAAAAGACUUACCGACUGA